GUUCUGGGUUAAAAUGGGAGGAGACCGGGGCGGAGCGAGAGCAGCUUGACAGGCGAAUCACGCGAAGGCGGAUUUCACAUGUCGCUGAAAAACUGGGCGAGCAUUUGGGGCUGCGAUUGAAGAGUGAGUCAGUGUCCAGCUCAUCAUCCCUAAUAUCAACUGAGCAAACAAACCAGCGCGGGAGAGACUGGGCUGAGUAGCUGCUCUCUUGUUUGUGUAUUUCUUAACCCUCCCUCCCUCCGCCUCAACAUUGUUACAUGAGGUCACCCUGCAAAUAUCAACCAUGAGAGCCCAAAUUGAAGUGAUACCGUGUAAAAUCUGUGGAGAUAAAUCUUCAGGAAUCCACUAUGGAGUCAUCACUUGUGAAGGAUGUAAAGGCUUCUUCAGGAGAAGCCAACAAAAUAAUGCUGCAUACUCCUGUCCUCGUCAGAGGAAUUGCUUGAUUGAUCGGACCAAUCGGAAUCGUUGCCAACAUUGCCGACUGCAGAAGUGUCUUACUCUUGGAAUGUCACGUGACGCUGUAAAGUUUGGUCGCAUGUCCAAAAAGCAACGUGAUAGCCUCUAUGCAGAGGUACAAAAACAUCAACAGCACCAGGAGCAGCUGGCAUCGAAGGAAGAUUCCGAGGGAUUAGCACGAGUCUACACAAACAGCGUCAGUAGUGGACUCGGAGAUCUGGAUGACAUCAGCAGCACUUUCUCAGACGGGCUCCUGUUUGACUUUCCACUGACCCCUGAUGGAGGGAACAGUUUUUAUAACUUUGAUCUUUCAACCUCUGCUGAACCAUCUCCAGAUCAGUCUGCUAUUGACAUGAAUGACAUUAAGCAUAUUAAACAAGAGUCCAUAUAUGAAAUCAUGUUGGAACCCAGUUUGUUCUCGUAUCCUUCACCAGAGAGUGGGCAACUAGCCUCAGAAAUCUCAAUGGCAGAGAUAGAUCGGAUAGCACAGAAUGUGGUGGAAUCACAUUCAGAGACUUGCCAGUACACAGCUGAGGAGUUGAAGCAGCUAGCCUGGCAGCCAUAUACACAAGAAGAAAUCAGAAACUUUCAAAACAAGUCCUGUGAGGCCAUGUGGCAACAGUGUGCAAUCCAAGUGACAAAUGCAAUCCAGUACGUGGUGGAAUUUGCCAAACGAAUUAGUGGAUUCAUGGACCUGUGUCAGAAUGAUCAGAUUAUACUCCUUAAAGCAGGUUGCCUAGAGGUCUUAUUGGUUCGAAUGUGCCGAGCAUAUAACCCUUUGAAUAAUACAAUUUUUUUUGAAGGAAAAUAUGGAGACACACAGAUCUUCAAAUCAUUGGGUUGUGAUGAUUUGAUCAACAUUGUGUUUGACUUGGCAAAAAGCCUGUGCUGCCUGCAUUUGACAGAGGAAGAGAUUGCAUUAUUCACAGCUGGCAUCUUGUUAUCACCAGAUCGACCAUGGUUGACAGAAGCUAGAAAAGUCAAGAAGUUACAAGACAAGAUUUUUGAGGCAUUGCAGUAUGUCAUUCACAAAAAUCAGCUGGAUGAUGACAAGCUAUCAAAGCUGAUCUCCAAAUUGUCUGUGGUGAAGUCCGUAUGCAACCUUCAUGUGGAUAAGCUACAACUAUUUAAGUUGCUACAUCCACAAACAGUGCACAACUUUCCUCCACUCUACAAGGAAGUUUUCAGCACAGAGAUGCAAUAUCCAGAUUCCUCCAACAGCUAAAUUUGGCAGUUCUGUGCAACUCUGCAUUUCCAAAGUGAAAAAUAGGAUUUAAAUUCCUGUAUCACCAAUUGCAAUAGCACUAGGAUGAAUGUACCGCACUUCAUAUGGUUUCACCACAACAGUUAAAAGAAUGUAAAUACUUGGAUACUAAGUAGUGGAAAAAGAAUCCCUUGUGCAUGACAUUUAAAAAGCUGCUCCAUUGUGUUCACGGACGAGAGUUAAUUCAGAAUUGCAAGACUGACCUUCCAAUGGUCUUUGUGGAAUUUGUUUCUGCUGGUAAAAAGAACUGUGGAUUAAAGGAAUAUAGAUAGUAUUUUAUCUGUAAUGCAAACCUAUAUAUUUUAUGAAGGGUUUUUCUUUUUACUGACUUUUCAUUGAUUUCAGGGCUGCUGUUGUGGUUUAAAUUGAUGGAACGAUUAUUAUGCAGGCAGUUUUUUACUUCAGCAGUAAUAAAUCAUGAUGAAGAUUUGAAGGAAUAGAUCAAAAUUUCUUGAAACUAAAUUACAACAAUGCUGAAACCAGCAAUUAAAUACUUGGAAAUCUUAUACGUGUAAAUAUGUAUGUGUUUAUAUUAUUACUAUAUAUCUUUAGGAAAUGGUCAAAAAAGACAUCUGCAUGUAAUGAUAACUAAAAGAUUAUGGUAUCCAUUAGCACAAUGACCAUGUUAGUGAAUAGUAGUCAUAGCUUUGCAGAGUAUUUUAUUUUCUCCUUGGACUGAAGUCCAGUGUUUCCCUCAGUAGCCACAAAAUGGCCUGUUGGGCUGUGGCAGAAGCACAUUAGAUGCCUAAACAAGGCCUUCUAUAUUUUACUGCUCGGGAACCAAAUUAUUCCAGGCAGUGGGGAAUUCUGAAUAAAGUAUUGAAAAAUGCAGUCACAGUGGCUGGAUAGAUUUUUCAAUAGCCAGCUGUAAAAUGGCUGCAAUCUUCAAAAAGCAACAGCCAAAACCCAAAAUAGUACCCCAAUGAAGUGACAUUUGGGCCUCUUUGUAGGCAGUCAGAAAAUUAAAUCAAUGUAGUUGAAUAGCUGGUUAAAAACAAAAUAUUAAACUGCUGAUCUACUCCUCAGGCAAGACUGUGCGUCCCUAAAAAUGGAAAUAUUCUCAAGUGCUAAUCCCUUGCUACGCCCAACACAUUUAAAAUAGUCAUCAAAUGUUAUCUCUAACUGUUUGUUUCUUUCAGGAAAGUUUUCAUCCAUUACCCGAUUUUCCAAAAGACAAUAUGUAGUAUCUAGUACACUCCUAUAAAAUGUCCCAGGACACACAUUCUUUUAUAACAUUUUAAUGGAAAUAGUUGAACAUUCGAGGGAUGUUUGAAAGAACUGGCUUUUAAAAAUAUCGCACUUGGUUUUUGUAUGUUUUGUAAUUUAAUUUUCCCAUUACUGAUAUCCUGUAAGGGAAUAAUAUAUAACAAUGUGCAAGCAAAAUUGUAGAAGUUAAUUAUUUAUUGGCUGAAGAAUAGACGGUUUCUUAUAUUGUGAUGGAUUAUCAUCACAGGUAUAAUUUAAAAUCUUGAUGGAAGUGGGGUUCUGGAAACUUAGAAUUUUUUUUCCACUUAAAAUGUUAUACAUUUGUCAUAUGUUUGCAGUCAGACAGCAAUGAUGGAGAUCCAUAGAAAAUGACUUAUGCCAAGAAUGUGGCAUCAACAGAGUGCUGAAAUUGUAGAAUUAGAACCCAUACCAUGUGGAAACAGGCCCUUUGGCCCAACGAGUCCACACGGACCCUUGGUGCAUCCCACCCAGACCCAUCCCCCUUUUACCCACCUCAUCUACAGACCUCUGAACACUACGGGCAAUUUAGCUUAGCCAAUCCCCCUAACCUGCACAUCUUUGGACUGUGGGAGGAAACUGGAGUACCUGGAGAAAACCCACACAGACAUGGGGAGAACGUGCAAGCUCCACACAGACAGUUACCUGAGGGUGGAAUUGAACCCGGGUCCCUGGCACUGUGAGGCAGCAGUGCUAACCACUGACCCACCGUAGAUGCCAAAUCAGAUAUCAUACUCCUAACUGCUUCACUGGAAUCGAUCACAUAUAUGUUUUGAAAAAUCGCUGUGUGAACUACAUAGAAGGGGACAUUACAUGUGUUUAAUGUGCCCCAUAAGUAAAAAUAGAGUGACUGAUAACAGUCUGUUGGUCAACAUCAACCAUAGAGACAUGAAAUUUGCAACAACUGAAGUCAAUGCACUGGGCCAGGGAGGGGAAAAGUCAACAAAACAGCUAUCAUUCCUGAUCAUCAUUCACUGAUCGACUUCUGAAAAGCGUACAUUUGUACACAGUUGUAAAACCAAUUGGGAUUCCCAGUCUUGGUUCGAAAAUGGCCCUUUGAACAAAAUGCUAGCAAGCUGUCAGUACCCACAUAACUAUAUUAUGGUUCACCACCAUUAGGAUUGUAGAGGACAGAAAGGAAUUAGAUAACCAAACACAGAGCAUUAAAAGAAGGGCAGUGGUUUUGUUUCACUGAAUGGGACUUCUAAAAUAGUACAGAUUUUCUUAGGAAGUUUCAAAAGCUGCUCUCCCAUACUUGGUGCAGCAUCUAAUCUGGAAAGUAAAACCAUACAUUGGCAUAUUUCAGCUAUGGACACCCUAAAGGGCAGUAUUUCUGUUUAAGUAGGUGUAUUAAGAAACUGCUGAAACAGCCAAAGUAGAAAUAGUUAUUUUUAGUAGGUUGGGUUCCAUUGCAACGAUUGGACUCACUGGAUUCCAAAUGUUAAGCACUUUCUUAUUUAACAAUAUUGAAAAUUUCUUUAUGAAACAUACAUUAGAUAGAACCUAAUAUGUUUUUGAUUUUACUGUUCAUUGAGGGGUCUUGUAUAUUCAUUUCCACUUCUUCACUUGCAACAUAUCAUUUGACCUCCAAUUGGAUAUCGAAGAACAUAAUUGGUUUGUAUGCUGCACAUCUGCACAACAUAGUGUCUAGCAAAUAAUGUAUUAAAAAUUAUCCACUGGGAUUCAAAAUAUUGAUCCAUUUCAUAUAGGUUAUAUUUCAGUUCAUAUGAUAGAAUAGUGUCUCGCACCACUUACAAAAAAAAUUAAACUUACACUGUGUGUAUUAUUCUUGUGAAUGUUGUGUAAAAAGAGACAGUGAGAAAACACCCAGCUUUAUGUCUCUCUUUCAAUAUGUUGAAAAUGCUUUCCCCGGCACAUUAAGUUACAGACAAUAUUUAUUACAUUGUUUAGAAAGUUAUCUGAUUUUAUUUUGGUCUGUAUUGUAAAACUGUAAUUCUAUUUUUUUUUAUAGAAUUAAAUACAUAUAUAAAUGCAAGAUGAGAAGAAUAGAAAGAUUUUUUAAAAGUCUUGUCUGGAUUUCAAUGACAAGCAAAUUCUUAUUUUAAUAUAUUGACAAUUUAAGAAAAAUUGGGUAACAAUUAGAGAAUGGCUAUAGUUGUAUAAUGUAAAGGAUGUG